CCCAGCAUAUUGAAUUGUGUGACAUCGUGAGAUUUUGUUUGAUAAAGGAGGUAUCCACUCAUUGUUGAAGUCUUAUAAGGUGACUGAACUGUAUGACCAGGUUGAAUUUGCUCAUCUGAAAGAGAAUGUCAUUUUCUUUUGGUUCUGGUCAACAAACCACACAAGCACCAUCAGGGUUUACCUUUGGACAACCUCAACAACAACAGUCUACAGGUUUCUCUUUUGGAACUCCUGCAACUACCACUAGUUCAGGAUUCUCCUUUGGAAACACACAAGCAUCUCAACCUUCUUCAGGGUUCUCUUUUGGGAAUCCAACCUCAACUGGCUUUAAUUUAGGAAGUAACCCAAGUUCUGGUGGCUUCAGCUUUGGAAACUCUAAUCCAACUUCAGGUGGCUUCAGUUUUGGAAGCUCUAAUCCAUCUUCAGGUGGAUCAACAGGUGUUACUCCUGGAAACACUGGUGCAGCUAGUGGAUUUUUUGGCCUUGGAGCUCAGAAUGCCUCUGCAACUGGAGGGGUUGCUGGAGUUCCAGCAGGUGGAACCAGCACAUUUGGAUUUGGUAGCAACCCUGCCACUUCAGGAGCACAGCCCACCUUUGGAACUGGCUUAAGUCAGACAACUUCAGGAGGUGGUGGCUUCAGUUUUGGAACCAACACAACUACCACAUCUAGUACUGCUUCAUUGGGAACUGCUGCUGUUACUUCUGCUUCAAUUGGGUUGCCAUUAUCAACACCGACGGGAGGUUUUAAUUUUGGGGUCCCUGCUACUACCACAUCUGGGGGCCUGUCUUUUGGAACCACUUCAACUACUACGCCUAGUGGAGGGAUUUUUGGAGGAACAUCAGGAAUAACAUUUGGAGCUACGCCUUCCCAAAUAGGUACUACAACAGUAGGAGCUACAGUGACAACUACUACAAAACCAACAGGUUUAACAUUUGGGAUUCCUCUUGCAUCUGGACCAGCACCAUCAGUAACAACAUCUGCUGCAACAGUUCUUCAGUUUGGAGUAACUGGACAGGCUGCUGUUACCACUGCAUCUUCCUCUACAGGAUUUGGGAUUCUGCAAACAUCCACAUCAGGAAUCACUGGUCAACCUGCAACAACUUCAGUUACUAAGACAACUAGUACAGGUUUCUCAUUUGGUGCAGUACCUUCCUUUCUCAGUAGUACUUCAACAGCUACAACCAGUACUUCUGAUGGUUUCAAUAUUGCAAUGAGUAAACCUUCCAGCACGGUAACCUCAGCAUCUGGCUUUUCCUCACUUGUAACAACAACGACUUCCACAUCAAUAGGAGGUACAGUUUCUACUGCUACACCUGCUACUACAAUGAACUUCAGGCAAUUAGAAGAAUCCAUCAAUAAAUGGACGUUGGAACUUGAAGAACUUGAAAGAACAUUUCUUAACCAAGCUACCCAAGUUAAUGCAUGGGAUCGUUUACUUAUUUCAAAUGGUCAGAAGAUAACUGCUUUGAAUGAAGCAGUGGAAAAGGUAAAGCUGGAUCAACAGAGGUUGGACCACGAGUUAGAUUUUAUUGUAGCCCAACAGAGAGAAUUAGAAGAGUUGUUGGUGCCACUUGAGAAAAGUGUAGAGUCAGCCCCACAUCUCUCAGUUCAACAGCAUGCAGACCUGGAAAGAGAACACACAUAUCAUCUAGCUGAAAACAUUGAUGGUCAGCUAAAGAGAAUGGCUGAGGAUAUUAAAGAAAUAAUUGAACGACUAAACACUUCCAGUAAAAGCCAGGAAGAAGUUGAUCCUAUGCAACAGAUGUCAAAGAUUCUCAGUGUUCAUAUGGAUGCCCUACAAUGGAUUGAACAGAACUCAGGAAUUGUUCAAAGAAAGAUUGAAGAAAUUGGAAAAAUCUCUGAAAUCGAAAGAAGAGAUCAAGAUAAGACCUUCAGGAUGUAAGACUGAUGAUGAGAACAAUACCCCCAAGUUCUUUGAAAUAAUGCUUUUUUUAUAUUUUAAAUGUUUCUGCUAAUUUUCAUUGUGUUCUUACAGCAUUAGUUAUACCUUAUAAAUCAUGAUUUCAAAAAUAUAACAAAAGAACAUUGUCACCCAUUAUUUUUCAUUCUUCUAAUAAAAAUAAAAGCUCUAUAUAUUUUUGGUUUUAUUAAUCUGAGACUUGGCAGUGAACAGUCCUUUUCAUCCAUUCCAUGAAACACAGUAUCAAAAUAUCUCAAAUAUUUUGACAUGGAACUAUCCAUUAUAUACAUCAUUCAAGUAAUAUCUUGUAAUCUGUAUUACAAUAUACUUUCUUUUCCUGGUGAUAAAAAGUUUGAAGAAUGUGUAUGUAUUACUUUUAAAAAUAAACUUCAAAAUACUUUUUGAACUAAUGAUAUUAUGACCUUCAUUCUAGUGUGGUACUUGUGGUUAAAUAUUUUUUAAAGAACAAUUAUAAUAUUCAUAGAGAACAUUCUAACUUUUAGUAAAUUGUCAGUAUUGUGGAGAUCAAUAAUGUCUUAGUCAGAAAGUUGUUUGUAUUAUAGAGAUCAGUAAUGUUUUAAUUAGAAAGUUGUCAGUAUUGUUGAGAUCAGUAAUGUUGUAGUUAGAAAGAUGUCAAUAUUGUGGAGAUCGGUAAUGUCUUGGUCAGAAAGUUGUCAGUGUUAUGGAGAUCCAAAUUGCUAGAGUCAGAAAGUUUUCAGUAUUGUUGAGAUCAGUAAUGUUCUAGUCAGAAGACUCAGUAUUGUUCUAGUCAGAAGACUCAGUAUUGUUGAGAUCAGUAAUGUUCUAGUCUGGAAGUUGUCAGUAUUAUGGAGAUCAAUAAUGUUCUACUCAAAAGUGGACAGUCUUGUGAAGAUAGCAAUGUUUUAAUUAGAAAGUUGUCACUAUUGUGUAGAUAGUAAUGUUCUUGAUAGGAAGUUGUCAGUAUUGUAGAGAAGUAAUGUCAUACAGAAUGUCUUGUCUUGCUCAGUAACUUAGGACUCCAUUUUCAAGGUGCAUAUUUUAAAUUAAGAUUUAUAGAUUGCUGAAGUUUCAAUAUUUUUUUUCAGAGUAAUUGUUGUGCAUUUGAAUCUUAAAUCUAAAGAAACUUUUGGAAGCUUGGAUUAAAAGCACUUUCCUAUUCACUGAUGCCCUCAGAAACUCGUAUGCAAACAAAUGACUAAGCUUAUAAUGGAGUUAACCAUUGUAAAAUGAUGUAUAAAGAAAAUUAAACUGCAUUGCUAAAGA